UUCUCUCUCCUCUCUCAACUUACAGAUCUCUCUUUCUCUCUCUGGACCGCAUUAUCUGCAGCACUCUAAGCAGCCUAAUUGGUAAGACUUGAAAACCCUAGAAAAAGAUCCAAGCUUUCUCUUGUGCUGUAACCAGAAUCUGUAACUGGAUCAAAUUAUAUUGGGACACAGUUGAAGGAGAAAUUCCAUGGGAAUCUGCACUUCCAGGCCAGCUACAGAGACUGAUAUCUCUGACAAUGGUGUUAUUCCGUCCAAAGAGGUCAGACCCACUUCAGAUAAUGAUCAAAAUCAGCAAAACGAGUUGAAAAAACGGGAGGAUGUGAAGAAAUCUCCAUUCUUUCCCUUUUACAGCCCUAGUCCAGCGCACUAUCUCUUCUCUAAGAAAUCUCCAGCGAGAUCUCCGGCCAAUGCUAGUUCCAAUUCUACUCCGAAGAGGUUCUUUAAACGGCCUUUCCCUCCCCCAUCUCCGGCUAAGCAUAUCCGGGCAGUUUUGGCCCGGCGGCAUGGUUCAGUUAAGCCAAAUGAAGCUACUAUACCGGAAGGUUAUGAAGUGGAGGGAGGUGGUGCAGGACUUGAUAAGAGUUUUGGGUUUUCAAAGCAUUUUGAGAAUAAGUAUGAACUUGGGUCUGAAGUAGGAAGAGGACACUUUGGGCAUACAUGUAGAGCAAAGUUUAAGAAGGGUGAAUUUAAGGGGAAAGAUGUUGCAGUCAAGGUUAUACCUAAAUCGAAGAUGACCACUGCCAUAGCUAUUGAAGAUGUAAGAAGGGAGGUGAAAAUCUUAAAAGCUUUGACGGGACAUAGCAAUCUAGUUCAAUUUUACGAUUCAUAUGAAGAUCAUGACAAUGUCUACAUAGUAAUGGAAUUGUGUGAAGGUGGAGAACUCCUGGAUAGGAUCCUGUCAAGGGGUGGCAAAUAUACAGAAGAUGAUGCAAAGGCUGUCUUGAUUCAAAUAUUAAAUGUAGUUUCUUUUUGCCAUCUCCAGGGUGUGGUUCAUCGGGAUCUCAAGCCUGAGAAUUUUCUGUUUACAACAAAGGAGGAGAAUGCACAACUAAAAGCUAUAGAUUUUGGGUUGUCUGAUUUUGUGAAGCCAGAUGAAAGACUGAAUGAUAUUGUUGGCAGUGCUUAUUAUGUAGCCCCUGAAGUCCUCCAUAGAUCAUAUAGUACGGAGGCAGAUGUUUGGAGUAUAGGUGUAAUAUCAUAUAUUCUAUUGUGUGGUAGCCGUCCAUUUUGGGCAAGAACCGAGUCUGGAAUAUUUCGUGCUGUUCUGAAAGCUGAUCCGAUUUUUGAUGAACCUCCAUGGCCUUCUCUAUCUGUAGAGGCCAGGGACUUUGUUAAACGAUUGUUGAACAAAGACCCACGUAAAAGAAUGACAGCUGCUCAAGCCUUAUGCCAUCCAUGGAUUAGAAGUGACGACAUAAAAGCGCCCCUUGAUAUUAUGAUUUUCAAGCUCAUGAAGGCAUACAUGCGGUCAUCUUCGCUUCGCAAAGCUGCUUUACGGGCUUUAGCAAAGACAUUAACAGCGGAUGAGCUAUUUUAUUUGAGGGAACAGUUUGCACUUUUGGAACCGAACAAAAACCAAACCAUAAGCUUGGAUAGUAUUAAAGCGGCUUUGACAAGAUAUGCUACUGAUGCUAUGAAGGAUUCGCGAGUCCAUGAAUUCCUUACAUCUCUGAAUGCACUACAAUACCGACGAAUGGAUUUUGAGGAGUUUUGUGCGGCUGCUUUAAGUGUGCAUCAACUUGAGGCUCUUGAUCAGUGGGAGCAAUAUGCUCGCAGUGCAUAUGAGAUUUUUGAGAAAGAUGGGAACAGGGCUCUUGUCAUUGAGGAACUGGCUUCAGAAUUAGGAGUUGGACCAUCGGUCCCAAUUCAUUCUGUCCUUCAAGAUUGGAUUAGGCAUAACGAUGGAAAGCUUAGUUUCAUGGGUUUCAUAAAAUUGUUGCACGGAGUGUCUAGCCGAUCUCUUGCGAAAGCGCAAUAAUAAUUGGAAAUAACUGUUUUACCCCCUCUCUGUCUGUCGUGCAAUAAUGAUCAGCUAAAGAUGGGCUAACCAACCGUGAGUCAGUCAGAGCAAGAGGAUUCUGGGUUGAGAGAAAACUUGGCUGCCUAGAUUUGUUGUGCAGUUGGGACAGCAUUUGAAUUGGACUCAUUCAAUAUUAUUGAUCCUAGUUUGAUGGGGGGUUUCACAGCCAAAGCAUAUAAUAGAAGAGAAGACUUAACUUACUUUUCAUGUCAGUGUAAAUUAAUAGCUACAGAGCUGAGAGGAGAGAUCAUUUGAUUCUAUGAAACAUUUGACUUUGAAUAUGUUGUUGUGGUGGGGAGUGGGGACGCAUGCAUCUGAUAAUAUCCUUGUCUUUGUUGUUUGAUUGGAAUAGUAGUACAUCUUGUCUAGUUUAA